GUCUGUGUGCAUGAGAUGGCCCUGCAUAAUACCAUACCUAAUGUACAGUACGCCGAGUAGGUAAGGCACGUACAGUAGGUAUGGUCAUUAGAUACACGCUAUCAUCACGUGCCGUAAAAGUCGACGGGUCUGGUUCUUCCUGCGCAACCUCCGUCACUCUACAAUUCGCGACAAUCUUCCACCUUUGUUUGGACAACUCGUACGCGCGUGAGCUGGAGCUGUGAUACUGGAAGAGCACCGAACGCAUCUGGUAGGUUCUUCUGCAGCUUCCACGCCCUCGGUUCCCCGACCAUUGUCCUUUCUGCUCGUCAGCGCCACAGAGAUGGCAGGAACUAAGAAGCGGAAGCGUACAGACGCCUGUUCGGACGACGAUGACCCAGUCAACAAUAGCUCGGAUGCAGGCAAUGGCUUCGGUCUAGCUCAGACGUUGUCUCGCCUCCAAUACCCGGAUCCAGCGGCCAACAGCGACUCUAUUGCUUCGUCGGAAGAGUGCCGGAAGGCACAAGAUGAUACGCCGAUACAAAGAGCUUCGAAGAAGAAGCGCGUGGACGGUGAAAAGACGAAGUACCCGGUCCUCACAUACGUCGAAGGUCGACUGCAAUCAAGCAUUCGCAUCUCGGAUAUCCAAAACCUGCUACUAUACUGCUUCGCGGAUGGCAUUGCACCUCAGUGGAUCUCGAUAAAGCACUCCGGUCAUGUCCGGAAGAUUGUCGUGGUCAUGGUCCCUGGUCUGGAACUGGGUAUGCUUGAUGGCUCGCUUCCUCUGGAUGCAGAUGCAGUCGAUGAUGAGAUGGAACAAGAAACCCCAGAAAAUGCAGAGAAGGUCACGGAGGAAGAUGCGAAAGCGGCAGAUUUCGCUCGUUGGAAACAGGGCCUGCCACUUGAGGAUCGAUCCCAGAAGUUCAGCCCUCGUCCCCUCUCGCGCGAUAACCUUCCAGAACCCCUGCAGCCUUUAGCAGACAUGUUCCCUCACGCUUGGCCUGUCAAAGCCCCCGGCGACUCCAAAUACAACAAGGUCCACUCUCCGCUUCAGGCAUUAUUGCUCUCUGCGCUUCCCAAAACCAAGGACAGCAACGCAAAGGGAGUGAAGCCGGCAAAGGUGGGCAAGAAUUUCGUUUUCGAACGUACCCCGAUCACUACUUUCCUUAGCACCCUGCAAGAUCUUCGGGAAAAUGACUAUACUAUCCACCCAGCUCUUGUGGCAGAAGAUGAAAAGGCGACUCUGGCGGAGAACCGCAAGCGGGCCGGCCAGUCCACCGAAGACGGGUGGGUCGACACCCAUGUUGAGUCCUUGGAAGCUGGCCAAGUCCCGGAGUCUGAAAUCCAACAAGGAAGCAUGACCGCUGGCCGGGAUGUGUUAGCGUUGGACUGUGAGAUGUGCAUCACAGAAGGCGGCCAAUCCGAGCUCACUCGCAUCAGUAUGGUGCGUUGGGACGGUGAGGUUGUACUCGACGAGUUGGUGAAACCUAAACGACCCAUCAUCGACUAUCUCACUCGAUUCUCCGGUAUCACCAAGGAAAAGCUAGACCCUGUCACCACCACUCUCGCCGACAUUCAGCAGAAACUCCUCACCAUCCUUACCCCCCGUACAAUCAUCGUCGGACACUCCCUCAACUCAGACUUCAGUGCUUUGAGACUUGCCCACCCGUUCAUUGUUGACACCACCUUCCUUUACCCCCAUCCCCGCGGCCCCCCGCUCAAAUGCAGUUUGAGGUGGCUUACCCAAAAGUACCUCGGCAAGGAAAUCCAGAAGGGCCAGACCGGCCACGAUUCGAUCGAGGAUGCUCGCGCGGUGCUUGAUCUGGUGAAACAGAAGUGCGAGAAGGGCGAAAGAUGGGGCACCAGCGACUCUUCAAACGAGAGCAUCUUCAAGCGCCUGGCACGUUCCACACGACCCGGAAAGUCCCCAGCAGAGCAAGGCCGCACGGGAGCCAUCGUCGACUGGGGAAAUUCCGAGCGCGGAUUCGGAUCGCAGGCGACCGUCGCAGUCGGGUGCAGCAACGACAACGACGUCGUCAACGGCAUCUCCUCCGUCGUCAACGGCGACACAAACAACACCUCUAUCCCCGGCGGUGGCGUGGACUUCACCUGGGCGCGGCUACGGGAGCUCGAAGUCUUCCGGGGCUGGUGCAACCGCAUGCCCGGCCCCAACAACGCCAACGACUCGACCACGCUGAUUCCCCCGCCCGAGGAAACCACCCCGACGUCUGGGCCCGCGCCUUCCACCAAGGAAGCCACGCGCAGUCUGUCCGAUCACGUCUCCCGCACCGUCUCCAACAUCCAGAGGAUCUACGACUCCCUGCCCCCCUGCUCGCUGUUCGUGGUCUACACCGGCACCGGCGAUCCGCGCGAAGUCAGUCGCCUGCAAGCAAUGCACAAGACCUUCCGCGAGGAAUUCAACUCCCGCAAGCCCUGGAAUGACCUCACCUACAAGUGGACGGACACCGAGGAACAAGCGCUGAAGAAGGCCUGCGAGAGAGCCAGGGAGGGUUGUGGGUUUAUGUGUGUAAAGUAAUUACUACUGCCUACUAUCACAUUUUACAUAGAACGACUUUUUGGUAACCAGCCAUUUUUACUAUUGCAGACCCAGCUCCAGCUCGUGGUCCCGUGGCUUCAUUGGCAAGCUUUUCACCGGUGUCUUGAGAGCUUUCUCUAGGAUUUGGUAAUCCCAACAUCAGUCUACAUCAGUCUACUUCUAUUUCUACUACUACUACUACUACUACCGAGACCUUAUUUACGAUGAGAUGAGAUAGAACUAUGGGAAUGGAUGAGAAACCACUCGAAUUG